UACGUACGAAUUGUCUUGCCUCCGUGGCGUCACUCAACUUUCAUUAUCCAUUUGAUUUGUUUCUCCAUUCCAAAGAGAGUUUAGAACAAAAACCAAUGGACAACGGACACUCGGAUCUGUUUCCUCCUUUGGAGAGGAUACAGAAUGAGGCACACGUAUCGUCGUUUAAGCAAUACAAGGAGAUGUAUCAACGAUCUAUAAACGACCCCGCCGGCUUCUGGGGGGAAAUCUCGAAACAAUUCUUCUGGAAGUCUCCCCCAACUGGGGAAUUUCUCAAGUAUAACUUCGAUUGUCGCAAGGGUCCAAUCUUUAUUAAGUGGAUGGAAGGAGCCCAGACCAAUAUAUGCUAUAAUACUCUUGACAGAAAUGUGGAGAAUGGAAUGGCCGACAAGGUCGCAUUCUACUGGGAAGGCAACAAACCGGAGGACCAUGGCUCCAUUACAUAUCAACAACUACUGCAGAAGGUGUGCAAGUUCUCCAAUGUCCUGAAAAAGAUCGGUGUUCAGAAAGGUGACAAGGUUGCCAUCUACAUGCCGAUGAUAUUAGAACUCAUUGUAGCCAUGUUGGCCUGUGCCCGCAUUGGAGCAGUCCACUCAAUCAUUUUUGCAGGGUAUUCAUCUGAUUCUUUAGCUGACAGAAUCCUAGAUGCCAAAUGUCAUGUUGUCAUUACAGCUGAUGGAGUAUGGAGGGGAACAAAAUUAUUAAACGUCAAGAAAAUCGUGGAUGACGCCAUAGUAACCUGUAAAAAAUCAAACCAUGAGAUUCAUACCUGUGUUGUUGUGAGACACCUCUCCCCAUCAGAAGAACAAAUAGAGAACUUAGAACAUGACGAAAUUACAGAGCCACCAGCCAUGCGACCUUCUGUUAAACUCAAGAUUGAGUGGCACGCUGACCGGGAUGUGUGGUGGCACGAGAUAAUGGCCGGACAGAACACGGAGUGUGAGGUGGAGUGGAUGCAGGCUGAAGACCCACUCUUUAUGCUUUACACCAGUGGUUCCACAGGGAAACCUAAGGGAGUGCUACACACAGUCGCGGGUUACAUGCUGUAUUCCGCCACCACCUUCAAGUUCUCGUUUGACUACCAUCCCGGCGAGGUGUACUGGUGCACCGCUGAUGUGGGAUGGAUCACUGGUCACACUUAUACCUGUUAUGGUCCACUGAACAAUGGGGCCACUGGAAUCAUUUUUGAAGGUGUGCCAUUUUACCCAGAUGCCGGAAGGUUCUGGGCCAUCAUAGAAAAGUACAAAGUCGCCAAAUUCUACACUGCACCGACAGCUAUCCGGGCACUCAUGAAGUACGGCGAUGACUACGUCACCAAGUACGAUAGGAGCACCCUGAAGGUACUGGGUACUGUGGGAGAGCCUAUUAACCCCGAGGCAUGGUUGUGGUACUACAAUGUAGUGGGGGACAAGAAAUGUGCCAUAGUGGACACCUUCUGGCAGACAGAAACGGGAGGGCAUGUGAUAACUCCACUCCCAGGGGCCACUACCACCAAACCAGGAUCUGCUACUUUCCCAUUCUUUGGAGUCAUGCCUGUAAUUAUGGAUGAGGAGGGAAAAGAAAUAACGGAACCCGAUAAAGAGGGCUAUCUGGUGUUUAAGAAGCCAUGGCCGGGAAUAAUGAGAACUGUGUACGGUAACCACGAGAGAUUCGAGACUACGUACUUCAAAAAAUUCCCAGGAUACUAUUGUACAGGGGAUGGAGGGAAGAAGGACAGUGAUGGCUACAUCUGGGUGACCGGACGAAUAGAUGACAUGGUCAAUGUUUCGGGGCACCUGCUGAGUACCGCUGAGAUUGAGUCCUCUCUUGUGGAACACCCCAAGGUGGCAGAGGCAGCGGUAGUGUCUCACCCACACAAAAUCAAGGGAGAGUGCACUUACUGCUUUGUCACUCUCAAGGAGGGUGAAACAUUUACUGGAGAUUUGGGCAGCGAACUCAAAAUGAUAGUUAGAAAAAAGAUUGGUCCAUUUGCAAUGCCAGAUUUUGUUCAAAAUGCACCUGGUCUGCCAAAAACUAGGUCAGGAAAAAUUAUGAGAAGAAUUCUGCGAAAGAUUGCAGUUGGAGAUCGUAAUGUGGGUGACAUCACAACCUUAGCGGACGAGACCGUGAUUGACACUCUGUUCAAUCUACGUCCUGAUGAUGCAUAAUGGAAUGUUUGAAAUUCAGGGACCAUCUCCAAAUUCAGUUCUUGACAAUGAAACAGCUGUGAUUAUCAUAAACUUAAGACAAACAUGGAAGCAAUUUAAAGUACCUUAAUCAUGUAUUUAACCUGUUCACGGUGUUGUGUAAUAUUUCAUCGUACUAAAAUUUUCCCGUAGCUAUUUAGUUAAUUUAGGUUUUAGUUAUAAUUUCAUUAUGGUAUGUAUUCUAGUUUUUGGUAAAUCAUGUGUCUAUAUGAUGAAAUACAAAACUGCCUGUGUAGCAUGUAACAGCAUGGCAAAAAUUCAAUAAUUGUCAAAAGCAAGUUUUAAUAACUUGCCUAGGUGGGUAAGUGAUCUAGUACGCUGGUCACAUGCUGCUAAGAGAUUUUGUUGCCACAGGUUGCAAGUUAAACCCCGAGUAGGGGUGGUAGUAUCAAUUAUAUAAUAGUGAAUUUAUUUUUAUUUAUAUAUAUAUAUAUACAUUGUAUAUUAUAAUAUGUAUAUAUAUAAUCCACAAAUUAGAUACAAGAUACAGAUAUUAUAUAAAGCAAUGAUCAACAACAUGAACAAUGGACGAUCUGGACAAAACAAAGAAGUUUUAUAGAAGAUGGCUAAAGAUAAUAAAAGAUGUACAGAAAAAGUUAGCACUAAACCCACACUAGAGCUACAGCCAUAUUUACACUGCUAGUUACAUGUUUUUUUGUUUUUGGCUUGCUAUUCAAUGUUUUCUAGCGAGUGAAAUAGGGCAUGUCCUAUUCAUCCAUUGAGCUAAUUCACAAAAUUGUAGACAACAAGCAAAUUAUUUCCCAAUUUGUCAGUAUUUAUGUAUUUAAUUACACCCAUGUUCAUACAUUUGGAGGCUGUGUUUUGAUAUUUCUAAGUCGUCAGAUGCAAGACGGUUGUCAUUGUGCUAUGUAAAUUUACAUUUGGUGCAAUUUACAAUUACUUUGAUUGCAAUUUACUUAAUUUUCUACACAAAAACAUCAGAAUGUUCAUAACUGUAUACAUGUUGGGGACUUAAAGAUCCUUUAUAUAGCUGUGUCACAUGUUUCAAACAAAGUUUGUCAUUUAGAAAUAAUAUAUACAGGAUGUUGUCAUGAACAAUAUAUAAUUAUAUAAACCAUGGAAAAAUGUU